CGGACAUUUUUCUUCACGUUUUGCACGAACAGUCGGACACACGAUAUUUAUUGGCAUUGGUUAUGGAUAUAGAUCCGGGCGAAGGUACUUCGGAUGGUCGUGUAAAGCGUAAAGCAAACAACAUCGAAGUCGAAAUCAAACAAGAGCCAGACAUUAAGGAGGAACCAUCGGAUGGCAAUGAAUUUGGUUUGGUCACACGUUCAAAUGAAAGAUUUGGAGUAGGUGUAGCGACUGUCACAUUGAACAUUGAAUGGGUGGACGAGUCUGAAUCGGAUUUUGAUUUUGAGUCUGAUUUAAAUGGUGUGAAAGAGGAGGUGAUGUGCAAAGAAACGAAGUCUGGAGAAAAUUCAUCAACAAAUUCGGGCUCGAAUGGAAAUGAACCAAAUGCGCAUGGAGGUCAAGGUGAUGGGCCAAUGGUCCCAAACGUCAAUCGCACGAGACUCAAUUCAAACGUAAAUGGAAAGAAGGAUAGUUCAAGAAAGCAGAACCAACGGAAGAUUCCGAGGAAUAAGGCGGCAAAGAAACGAACGGAGAACAAGUGUCAUGUGUGUGGUUAUGUUACAUCGCGAAAAGCGGAUCUCACAAGACACAUUCAACCGCCACAUGCACGCAAAACACAUCGGCGACCGUCAAUUCCAAUGUGA